AGAGCGCCGCAUCCACCACCAGCCCGAGUCUCGCGGUGGGGGCGGGCAGGGCCAGCAUCGCUACCGGGCUACGGUCAACUACUGGAAGGAGGUCAACCAGGCCAAUCGCGCCGGCCUGCGAGGGGACGGGAGUCAACUGUCCUCGUCAGGCCACGGCACCUUGGACAGCCGCAGCUCACGGGAUGGCAAGGAGACGGCCUUCUCGCGGAUGGCCCACGACCGGCGCAGCGCGCGGGAGAUGCGCACUACACCCCGCAUGCACGACACGCCGGCCAGAUUACGCAGCUCCCAGGAGGAGCUUGAACAGAUCUCGGCACUGGCUGCGGUCCGGCAGGCUAAUGUAAGAAGCUCACAAGAGGAGCUACACAGGGUAGUGCCCGCCGGGUCACACUCGCGACAGAACUCGACGGAAGAUAAACUGGAUCCUCAUCCAAGAGGCAGAGUGUUGUCGGAUUCUUCCAAUUCGCCGUGGCAGCGGCAAGCAAGACCUCCGCAAUCAGCGACCUUCCCAGAAAGCAAUCGGAACAGAACCAAUCCUGCAUUUGCAACUCCCAACAGUCACUACAGAGGGGCCUCUGUCAAGCAUUCACGUAGUGGAGACACCCUCUCGUCAAACAAUGUCGACGACAAUUGGUACGACACCCACGAUGACAUGAACGGUUACCACGACAGCCGGCUGUCACGGUCCCGCGACAACAUCGCCGAGCCGAGCGGCUACAGCGUGCCUUCCGCAGCCUUACCCGGGGACUUCAAAGACCCGGUGGAUGGAUACGGAAAGCCGGAGCGAUACAGCCCAACUGAGCACUUGUAUCCGGAUAGGAUGUUAUCAGAUGCUGAGCUACAGCUACAGAAGGGUGGGGUCGGGGGAACGGGGCGCCCUGUCCCGAUCUCGAUGGUCCUUCCAUCACCGAGCAGCUCAAACCUCAGCGAUGUGUCGCUGCACUCCCACUCCACGCACUCCAGUGGCUCCAGUCAGCGGGGCGAUUACCGGGGAGAGUUGGGUGUCCGAUCUUCCCACAGUGGUAGCCUGCCGCGCAACCCCAUGACCGCCCUCAGCCCAGAGCUGGGUCGUAGGAGCACGGUGCAUGGCAUCCCUGGCCAGGGGAAGGCUGACUAUGGGACUAGUGGGCACAGGAGAGCUGGCCCCUCCGCAUCCUCUAGCAGUAGUAUCAGCGAGUCCAGCAGUCCUAGGGUAUCACGAAGGAGGACGACCGAGGUACGCAAUUCCAACGACUCUUUGAACACUCGUCUGCGGUCUGGCCACUCAGGGACCAAGUCCCUCCCAGCUAGCAACGAGGUCCAGGAGAGCCUGCGCAAGCUCAUCGCUCCGGAGUCCAUCAACCUGGAUGCAGGGUCACCGUCGGUGACCGCAUCGUCCGCCAAAGGAGCUCACCAGGCCGCCCUACCCCGUGAGCAUGCUCAGUCCAGCAGGCUGGACCCCCUGCAUCGUACCUACUCGGACGAGAGCAUCGCGGCAGGAGGCGGACCCUACAACCGCCCGGGCCAUCACGAUGGUUACAACGUCGAGCUCGCCAAUGACGUACUGUUCACAAGUGCCAAGAUGCCUCAGCUAGAGAGUGCCCAAGUGCCUGAUAAUCAGCAAUACAAAGAAACACGAAUAAGCAAUGAUGACCUAAACGCCAACAACAAUCGCGGAACCUCCAACCCCUCGCUGUUCCCUCUACCGGACUCGGCCGCCCAUCUGGACUGGAACAACCUGGUCGAGACGGCCAAUGCCUUCCAAGACACAGGUUUGGACCAUCACAGUUUCAAGUCGGCCUCCUCCAACAAGCUCAAUGACCUGCGGGACGCCGCCCCCAACUCCCAGCAGCCCUUCCACAACGCCAACACGGCCAGCAUCGACAAGAAAAAGCAGCUGAGCCAGAGCACCGACGCCCUGUCUCCGACUGUCUCCCGUCGAGCCCGCCCAGGGCCCCAGCCAAAGAACGACUACGAGAGCCUGAAGUACGCCAGCACGGGCUACAACGCCAGCAGCCUGAAACGAUCCACGAACCAGCUGGAGCUAGAGCUCAGGAGAACGCAGGAGAGGCUGGAAAUGGAGCGCAAACAGAAAGAACACCUCGCCGGCCAAGUCCACAAACUCCGCCACGACAACCAGAGGCUACAGGGAGAGUCCGCCUCCACAGCUGAGCAACUGCAACAAUUCACCGACUGGUUCUUCAAUGCCAUUGAGAAGUAAAACCUU